CUUCAGUAUUCAAUUAGACAUGGCCAAUUCAUGGUAUGUUUAAAAGUCUUGCCACGAUUUAUCUUUUUUUAAUUUAAAGGCGACCUACAUUUUAGCAAAGGUCAAAAACAGAAUGAAUUUUAUGACAAAUUGGUGCAUUGGCUUUUAUUUUGCUACUUCGUUUUCAUUUAUGACCUGCACUGGUCAUGGGAGACUGAUUGAGCCACCCAGUAGAGCGUCAGCUUGGCGCUUUGGAUUUCAAACACCACCAGACUACAAUGAUCAUGAACUGUAUUGUGGCGGGUUUGCCCGACAGUGGUCAAAAAACAAUGGUAAAUGUGGAGAAUGCGGAGACGCGUGGGAUGUGCCGGAGCCACGCCCCCAUGAACUUGGUGGCCAAUGGGGACUAGGUUUAAUCGUGCGGAGUUAUGUUCCAGGAUCCAAAAUGACUAUACGUGUAGAACUAACUGCUAGUCAUAUGGGAUAUUUUGAGUUUCGGUUGUGUCCAAAUCAAAUCGCUAAACAGUCUUGCUUUGAUCAAAAUGUAUUGCUUAUACUUGAUGGCUCUCCCUCCCAACCACUUCCAACGGACCUUGAUAUUCGUUUUUAUCCGCGAAACGGAAGUCGCAUAUAUGAAAUACAUGCACGACUACCUGAUUUUACGUGUGACCAAUGCGUUCUGCAAUGGCGAUAUGUUGCCGGCAAUAAUUGGGGCAUAUGUAGCGAUGGUAAUGGAGCCAUUGGAUGUGGCCCACAAGAAGAGUUUCGUUCAUGCUCGGAUAUUGCGUUAACUACAGAUGCUCUAACUCUUAUUGGCCCUAGUCGUCCUUUGUACCCAACAUCUACAACACAUAAUAGAACAUCAACCAACACGGAGCAGAACUCAAAAAAAAAUCACAGAAACAAAUUUAUUUAUCCUUCUUUAUGGGCGCUAGUAGCGAUAUUUUUAUUGUUUCUAUGUUGUGUUGUGGUUUUUUACAUUUUCAAUACUAACAAACCAUUUUGUUCAAAAAAAAGAAUUAGUAAUCUAAAAAAAAAACUAAUGUCUUGGAUUUCAAUUCGAAAAUCCAUGCUUGCAUGUGAUGCAUUUAAGACCGCUCAAACUCUUAGCGAUGUUAAAUUUGAAAGCCCACCAAUACCCCCUCCACGACCUAAAAGAUUAGAUCAGCUAGCUAAAAAGCAGUCAAAUGAAACAAUAAAGGUCUAAUUAUCAUUUAGUUAUGUUUAUGUCGACGUACUCAGACAAAGCUUCAUUAUGAGAUCACACAUAUUUAACAAUGUAUUUAUGUUCAUUAAUUAAGAUUAACACUAGAAUGUACAAUUAUAAAGCCACCAGAGUAAUUUAGUUUAAAAAUGUAAAGGUCUACUUAUUUAUAAUUUAUUUAUUUUUCGAAAGAAUACAUACAUCUAAAAGUAUACAAGAAUUCUGCGAAUCAAUUUUGAUAAAUUUUUUUGGUUAAACCAAAGUAUGGCUUCAACACAGAGGAGACCCCAUUCAAUAAGUUGUGCAAAUUUCAGCAUGCUCAUUGUACUUUUGAAAGCAGCCACUGAUAUUACAAGGAAGGAAAUUUACGAGACCUAUAUAUAGUUUCGGAACAUGAAGAUUUGCGGCAGCGACAUAACCUAAAUCAAUCUGAGCAACCUAGACGUACAACUGAGGUAAAGUAUCCCGGAAGCAGAAGAACGCUGCUACAAAGACAACGUGGUAUGAGAAAGUACGGCAAAGGCAUGACGAACUGAUAUAAACCUGAAAUCGUUCAUUAACAUAAAUCCUGUAACCCUAUUUUUACCAAUUAACAUCAUCGUGGAACUAAUAGGAUGCUUUUUUACGAAACAUUAUUUACUUAACAGCAAUCCUCGGCAAUGAUCACCGUGGGAUGGCCUUCAUCACUGCAAUCGCCUAAACGGUUAGUGCGUUCUAAAUAAUUUUAUCUUCAGUUCCCAACCAAGGCGCGUUUGGAUAAAUAAUGAAUUCAGUUUACUGGUGUUAAAUAAACGAGUAUAGAGAUCAUCGGAACUGGUGCGCGAUUCCAAGAUCAUUCUA